CCGAAGAAGUUUCGGAGAUCUGGUCGUGGAUGAACUUUGUGUACCAAUUCUGCUAACUGAGGGCGGAACGGCCAACUCCAUGCGACCAGGAUUGUGUUGUCGCCAUUUUUCUACAUGUUGGAUAACUCUGGAUUUGUUGCAUGCUGCUUGGAUGCGGCUGUUGUGAGUCGGCUCUUCGGCAGCGGAGUAUAAGUCGAAGAGGUUAUUUGAGAUUUGAGGGAUUGUGUUGGAGGGCGAAACGGAGGAAAUUUGAAUUUGUGGGUCGUUUCGGAAGGUUGGGUUGAUCUGUCUUGUUUCGAAGAUGAAAUGGGUGCAGUGUGGACCUGGCGAUUUUGCGGGGGAUCCGCCUUCCCUGCGUAGUGGUCACUCCGCAGUUCGCGUCAAGGGCAAUCGUGUGGUGGUUUUUGGCGGGCUUUAUGACAAGAGUUUUCUUCAUGAUCUUCAUGUUCUCGAUAUAGAAAAUAAAUUGUGGUUUCAGCCGACGUGUACGGGUACCGCUGGAGAAGCGGGUCUAGUUGGACCUAGUCCACGUGCUUUCCAUGUCGCAGUUGCCAUUGAUUGUAACAUGUUCAUCUUUGGUGGUCGAUAUGGCCGUAAGCGUCUAGGAGAUUUUUGGAUGCUCGAUACAGAAACUUGGCAGUGGGUAGAGCUCACUGGCUAUGGCGACCUUCCCCCAGCUAGAGAUUUUGCAGCUGGAGCAUCUGUUGGCAACGGCAAGUUAGUGAUAUAUGGAGGUUGGGAUGGCUCAAAGUGGUUAUCCGAUGUCUAUGUGCUUAAUACACUAUCUUUCGAAUGGAUGCCUCUUCCAAUAACAGGGCCUGCUCCAUCUCCACGAUGUGGCCAUAGCGCAACCAUGGUGGAGAAGCGAAUGCUCAUCUUUGGUGGCCGAGGAGGUGGUGGGCCGAUUAUGGGCGACCUGUGGGCGCUAAAAGGCCUCUUUGAUGAAGAACAAGAACCACCAGCCUGGACGCAGCUGAAGCUUCCAGGUUCCGGGCCUGCUCCCCGUUGUGGCCACUCUACGACUUCAGGUGGAUCUCAGUUAUUGGUUUUUGGAGGCCACGGAACUGGCGGCUGGAUUACACGAUAUGACAUUUAUCAUAACGACUGUGUUAUUCUUGAUCGAGCGACGGUGCAGUGGAAGAGAUUGUCAGUGAGCAAUGAACCACCUCCAGCGAGGGCGUACCACACUAUGACUCGCAUAGGUCCGCGAUUCUUGCUGAUAGGAGGUUAUGACGGCAAAACAACGUUUGGUGACAUGUGGUGGCUUGUAAAUGAAGAAGAUGAAAUUGCAAAGCGUGCACUACUGUCUCCAGCCAGCAGUUUAAAAAGUCCUGGCCCGAACACUCUCAAAUCACCUCCACCAUCAACAGAUAGCAAGACUGAAGCUGAAGGCAUUACAUCGCCACUCCAUGAUCUGCGACAACGACUUGGAUUACCAGCCAUUGCUGCCGCGGAAGCUCCUGAAAUAGCUAGCGAUGAUAAAGAGCUUCUUGCGUUAGGGAAAGGAUUGUUGUCCGAAGCUGAUCAGAAUAGUCCAGCUACAGCAACUUCACUUCUCAAGGUAGUAAGAGCGCAUUGGAACCAAUCAAAUGCGCAAUCUAUUCAGCUGCGAGAGUUGAGUCCCUUACUUAGGGACUACCGGCGUUUGCUGGGCACUCAUCAAAGGUUGUUACUCCUCCAAUCUGUUCUCGUGAUGUCUUCUGCGAGUUCAGCAACUAGAAACCAAUUAGCAACAAAUUUGAAGGUAUCGCAUGGUCAUCUAAUUUCCAACUGGUUGACAAGGAUUAUUUUUGCAGUAGUGAAAUUUCGAGGGUUGGAGGUCUGGAUGGAGAAGGCACUACGCUGCAGAUAUACCGGUUCUACCACUUGAAGGAUGCGAACCAGAUACGAAUUGCCGACAUCCCUGCAUUGUUAUCAGAAUACAAGCAGCUGCUUUACCUGCAUGCGGAUUUGGAUUAGGCAUCCUGACUACGCUUCGCAAUCGUAAUGGUAAAUUAUGCUAGCAGGAAUCUAGUAUUUCACUCGUUAUUAUCUUGCAAAAUCCACAUUCUAGGUCUCCCAGUGUUCUGGGCUCCCAGAUUGGAGACCAAAAGUUUUUGGGAAAGUGGUAUUGAUGUGUUCAAUAUGUUUGAAUAUGACCAGACACUACGACUUGAAAGGACAGUUCUGGAAAUAGCUCUAAGUAACCGUAGUCUACUGCUAGCGUAGUUCUAAGUUUCUGGAAAGCUAGACGCCCACUCAAAUAGUUUAGCUUUUCAGAUCGUCAUCACAGGAGGUUCCUCAAAGUAGACCAGUAGAGUAGCGUCACCUGCACAUUAAGUUUGUAGACUUUACUGGAUUCUCAAAUUAUCUACGUCGAGUUUAAUAUUUGAUUUGUAGUUUCUUUUGUCUGCUGCUACGCUUUC